AUGGCCGACUUUGCCCCGCGCUCGAUGAAGCGCAAGAACGUCAAGGGUCUUGCGCUCACGCCCGCCGCACCCAAAGCGCCGCCCACCGCCAGCACCAACGCGCAAGCGGGCCUUGGCUGGGGAACCGGAGGAUCCAAGCACGAAGACGGUAGCGAAGCCCAGCUGGAGAUUGGCAUCGAGUUUAACUUGAGCCUCAAGCAAGAGGACCUAGAGAUCAUCAAGGAGCUAGGAUCCGGCAAUGGAGGCACCGUCAGCAAAAUCAAGCAUCUCCCAACGGGGACGACCAUGGCCCGAAAGGUCAUCCAUGUUGAAGCAAAGAAGGAGAUGCGGAGAAGAAUCGUGCGUGAACUUCAGAUCAUGCACGGAUGUCACUCUGACUACAUUGUGACAUUUUACGGCGCAUUCCUCAACCCGCACAACGAUGUGAUCAUGUGUAUGGAGUAUAUGGACGUCGGUUCUCUUGACCGCAUCUCCCGAGUCUUUGGUCCCAUUCGAGUCGAUGUGCUGGGCAAGAUUGCCGAGGCCACGCUGGGCGGAUUGACAUAUCUCUACGAGAAGCACCACAUUAUGCAUCGUGACAUCAAGCCCUCCAAUAUUCUGGUCAACUCGCGCGGACACAUUAAGCUUUGCGAUUUUGGCGUGUCUGGAGAACUCAUCAACUCGGUCGCGGAUACGUUCGUGGGCACCUCCACCUACAUGGCCCCUGAGCGUAUCCAGGGAGAAAAGUAUACUGUAAAGUCCGACGUGUGGAGUUUCGGCCUGAGCGUCAUGGAGUUGGCUAUUGGCAAAUUCCCCUUUGCUGCAAGCGAACAACUGUCGGACGGUGACGGUGCGCCGGCAGGUAUUCUGGACCUUCUGCAGCAGAUUGUGCAUGAGCCUGCGCCCACGUUGCCCAAGAGCGACGCUUUCCCUUCGAUUCUGGAAGAUAUGAUUCAGCGGUGUCUUUACAAGAAUCCAGAUGAACGACCGACACCCCAGGAGCUUUUCGACCGGGAUCCCUUUGUUCAGGCUGCCAAGCGCACACCUGUCGACCUAAGAGCCUGGGCUGUCGGCCUCAUGGAGAGGGAUAACCGCAAGUCGCAUCUAGCACCGCAACUCUCCCCAGCUACGCAGGAAUUGUUGAGGUCUGGUGAAACGCCCACACAUGACAGCGAAGCAAAUCCAGCUUACACCCCAACUUCGGGCGAGAUCCCCAUUGCGGGUAUGAGCGGCAUGACCAUUUCUUCGCCUCGGGAUCAAGCACAUAACCGCUCUCCCACGAGGAGCAAUGGAGGAUAUAGCCGCCAAGCAUCGUCGCAUGCACACCCUGGCUUGGGACAGAGAUCAGCAACCUCUGGAACGAUUCCCAAAAGCGUCACUCCCGAUUUAUCACACCCAGCAAGUGCGAGCGCAAAUCAGUCUACGUUCGCGCUGCCGGGCCGGCCCGCACCCCCUGGUGGGCCUCUACCUCCGCCUCCGCCAAGAAAAGAAACCCCCGACGAAAUGCGAAGGGAGAGCAGGCGGCAGGCCACAUUCGGGCCCAAUGGAUACUACCAAUGA